AUGUCAUCCUGUGCAAGUUUACAAUUCGAUGAUCAUUCUUUCGGGUUCGAUGAUUCUUCCUUUGAUAGCGGUUACGAGAAAAGUUUUGAAACGGAAUGCACUCAAUAUACUCCUAGAAAGUUAACAUUUGAAAAUGCAACAGCAACAAGCACACCCUUAACAUCAAAUAGGAGAAGAUCGAUCAAUGCAACAGGUGAAUCACCUACACACAACAAUCUAUUUCAAUUGGAAACAUCACCUAGAGAUGAUAUUCAAAAAUCUGAUAGUUGGGGUGAAGAAUUUAAUCCAAAAUUUUUUGAUAAUGAUAAAACUUCAACACCAAUUAAAAAUGGUGAUAAUAAUUCGGAAAAAAAUAGACCAAAACGUAAGUAUGCUGUGGGAAAGAAUCGUUUGGCAAGAGCUCGUAGCCCAACACAAAUUGCACGGAUUAAAAAACAUCGCCGUAUGAUGGCCAAUGAUCGUGAAAGGAAUCGUAUGCAUCAGUUAAAUGACGCUCUAGAACAAUUACGUCUUAUAUUACCAACAUAUCCGGCCGAAACGAAAUUAACAAAAAUUGAAACAUUAAGAUUUGCGCAUAACUAUAUAUUUUCAUUAGGACAAAUUUUAGAAAGAAAUUGUGUUAUAAAUUUAGAUUUGGAAAAAUUAUUAAAUGUUACAUUAAGCGGUGAACGUAUAACAAAAGAGUUAUUUGAUAUUCUAUUUAUACAAAAUAAUUGUUACUUUCAUGAUGCAUUUUCACAGCAUAAUUCAAAUGCAAUUGGGAUUACAGGAUUAAUGGAAAAUAAAACAAAAUCUGGAUUAGGUUUUACAACGAAUGAUUUUUAUAAUAGUAUGAAACAAUAUGAAUUGACAACACAACAACAACAACAACAUCAAAAAAAUUCAAAUCAAUUUGCUCAUAAUCAAAAUCGUCAAUCAGAACACCAACAACAAGGAUAUCAACAGGACCCUUUAACAACAUGCAAUUAUACUCGUCACAGUUAUGAAUUUUUCAAACGUACAUUUGAUGCAGCUGCAAACUCUUCUCUUCCCUCAACUACAACUUCACCUUCAUCAAUGUAUAACAGUUAUAAUAACAAUAAUAAUAGUUAUCCACAAAAAACUGAACCACCUUACUAUAAAGAGGGGGAAUUCAAUGAAUUGAAUAUUGAGGUACUUAAAAACAACUACUAUCACAGUAAUUAUUCAUCCGAAUAUGAAACUGUUAAACAACAACAAGAACAACAAUCAAAUAACCGGCAUUAUAAUAAAGAACAAGAACAACAAAAUUAUAAUCAUAAUCAACAAUCAACAUAUUCAACAAUAACAGGAACACCAUCAUCAGAAUUAUCAUUAUCAAUACCAUCAGAACCAAGUAUACAAAGUAAUCAUCAACAUCACAAUCAACAUCAUUUUGACAUACAAACACAAUUGAAACCAUUUUAUCCCUCUUCAAAGAUGUUAGAACAAGGAAAUUAUCGUCCUUAUUUGAAUGCUUAA